AUGGAUCUCGAGGGACGUUUUGUUGCAAAACAUUUUACAAAUGAAGAAUUAUUACGAAUGGUAACAUAUCUUGAGGCUGAAUUACAAGCAAAAGAAUGUUAUAUAGCUGUUAUAAAAAGUGAAAGAAUAAAAAAUAUACUACAUAAUGUUCGGUAUGGUAAAAUGCCAAAAAUUGAUGAUCCUUUAGAAGCUUUGAAAAGAGAUUCUGAUAUAGUUGGUGCAAAAUUUGAUGAAGAAAAUGUCAAAUCUUUUUAUGAAAGACAAUUAAAUGGUAUUGAAAAUUUAAUUAAAUCACAAAAACUUUAUCAGAGUAAUGUUAAAAAUAGUCUUAUUGCUGCUGAAAGUAGGUCAGCUGAGAUUAUUAAAGAAUUGGAGUUGCAAGGUAAGGAGAAGGAUAAUGUAAUUAAGCAUAAUGAAGAUAUAAGAAAUGCAUUAGAAAAGGAAAAAAAUGAUUUACAUGAUAAUUUAUUGUCAAUGAAUUCUCUUGUAAAUGAAUUGAAAUGUAAAUUAGAAAAGAAAGAUAAAUAUUUACAGGAAGAAAAAGAUCGUACCAAAACAAUGAUUCUAUUUUUAAUGGAAGAAAGAAAAAAAGUUAUCUUAUCAAAUUACAAAUUAGAAUUAAAAUGUAAAUCUUUAGAAACGAAAGCAAAUGCAUCAUUACCUAUUGAUGGAACAUUAGUAUCAGAAUUAAAAAAAGAAAUAAAAAUUUUGAAAAAAGAGAAAUUGAAGUUAAUAGAAAGUAUGAAUGAAAUGAAAGAAAGAAAUACACAAAUGGAACAAAUUAUAAAAAAUCAAAAAGAAGAUUUAAAUUUGAUUAGGAAAAAUAUUUUAACAAAAACAAAACAGGAUACUAUUUCACCACAUAUGAAACUUUAUUCUACCAAUACAUUAAAUACAUUAUUAAAGAAUGGUGAAUAUCAAAAUGGUUCCCGAAUUCAAAAUUCUAAUACUUUUCCAUCUACCUCUAAAGAAUCAAGUAUACCUGUGUUUAAUUCAAAACCUCCAAAUCCACUUCCAACAUCUCGUUUAACUUUUACUUCAGAAAGGCGUUAUCCUCGUACUGUGCCAACAUUACCAAGUAGACCACCAAUUGGAGGAAAUCAAAUAAACAAGAAAGUCUCAUCACCUAUCAGUAAUAUAUCAAAUAUGGCAAUAGUUAGUACGGGAAUAGAUAAACUUCAUUUAAUUGAUCAUACAGAUAAUUCAUCAACACCAUUAAAAGGACAAUCACCUCAUAAUCGAACAUCUCGUGUACCUACAAUACCUUCUAACAAAAGAAGUACCUCUCUUCCUAGAACAAGCCUUCAAGUACACAACCAAACAUUGAAAACAUUACAAUUGUUUCCUAAAAUUGUAAAGAAUGAUGAAAAGUUAUCGCCUAAAAAAACUUUGUUAAAUAAUCGAUUGCAAAAUGUUUCACCAUGUCACAACAAUAAUUCAUCCUCAAAAAAUGGAACAUUCCAUCAACAAUUGUUAUAA